GCUAGGGCGGGCGAACCAGCGAGGCCGGCGCCCUCCCGGGCUGCGCCCGGGUCCUGGAUCCACGCCGAGGGCAGGACGAACUUCACCAGGUAAUUUUUUCUGCAGGAUGAAUUAAGAGAAGAGACACUUGCUCAUCAGGCAUGGAGAGCACAUUGUCAGCUUCCAAUAUGCAAGACCCUUCAUCUUCACCCUUGGAAAAGUGUCUCAGCUCAGCUAAUGGAAAUGGAGACCUUGAUUCUGAAGGCUCAAGCUUGGAGGAAACUGGCUUUAACUGGGGAGAGUAUUUGGAGGAGACAGGAGCAAGUGCCGCUCCCCACACAUCAUUCAAACACGUUGAAAUCAGCAUUCAGAGCAACUUCCAGCCAGGAAUGAAAUUGGAAGUGGCCAACAAGAACAACCCGGACACGUACUGGGUGGCCACGAUCAUUACCACGUGUGGGCAGCUGCUGCUUCUGCGCUACUGCGGUUACGGGGAGGACCGCAGGGCCGACUUCUGGUGUGACGUAGUCAUAGCGGAUUUGCACCCCGUUGGGUGGUGCACACAGAACAACAAGGUGUUGAUGCCCCCGGACGCAAUCAAAGAGAAGUACACAGACUGGACAGAAUUUCUCAUACGUGACUUGACCGGUUCGAGGACAGCACCCGCCAACCUCCUGGAAGGUCCUCUGCGAGGGAAAGGCCCUAUAGACCUCAUUACAGUUGGUUCCUUAAUAGAACUUCAGGAUUCCCAGAGCCCUUUUCAGUACUGGAUAGUUAGUGUGAUUGAAAAUGUUGGAGGAAGAUUACGCCUUCGCUAUGUGGGAUUGGAGGACACUGAAUCCUAUGACCAGUGGUUGUUUUACUUGGAUUACAGACUUCGACCAGUUGGUUGGUGUCAAGAGAAUAAAUACAGAAUGGACCCACCUUCAGAAAUCUAUCCUUUGAAGAUGGCCUCUGAAUGGAAAUGUACUCUGGAAAAAUCCCUUAUUGAUGCUGCCAAAUUUCCUCUUCCAAUGGAAGUAUUUAAGGAUCACGCAGAUUUGCGAAGCCAUUUCUUCACAGUUGGGAUGAAGCUUGAGACAGUGAAUAUGAGCGAGCCCUUUUACAUCUCUCCUGCGUCAGUGACUAAGGUUUUUAACAAUCAUUUUUUUCAAGUGACUAUUGACGACCUAAGACCUGAACCAAGUAAACUGUCAGUGCUGUGCCAUGCGGAUUCUUUGGGGAUUUUGCCAGUACAAUGGUGCCUUAAAAAUGGAGUCAGCCUCACUCCUCCCAAAGGUUACUCUGGCCAGGACUUCGACUGGGCAGAUUAUCACAAGCAGCAUGGGGCACAGGAAGCUCCUCCCUUCUGCUUCAGAAAUACAUCAUUCAGUCGAGGUUUCACAAAGAACAUGAAACUUGAAGCUGUGAACCCCAGGAAUCCAGGAGAACUGUGUGUGGCCUCCGUUGUGAGCGUGAAGGGGCGGCUGAUGUGGCUUCACCUGGAAGGGCUGCAGACUCCUAUUCCAGAGGUCAUUGUUGAUGUGGAAUCCAUGGACAUCUUCCCAGUGGGCUGGUGUGAAGCCAAUUCUUAUCCUUUGACUACACCACACAAAACAGUCUCACAAAAGAAGAGAAAGAUUGCAGUUGUGCAACCAGAGAAACAAUUGCCGCCCACAGUGCCUGUUAAGAAAAUACCUCAUGACCUUUGUUUAUUCCCUCACCUGGACACCACAGGAACCGUCAAUGGGAAAUACUGCUGUCCUCAGCUCUUCAUCAACCACAGGUGUUUCUCAGGCCCUUACCUGAACAAAGGAAGGAUCGCAGAGCUACCUCAGUCAGUGGGACCUGGCAAAUGCGUGCUGGUUCUUAAAGAGGUUCUUAGCAUGAUAAUCAACGCGGCCUACAAGCCUGGAAGGGUAUUAAGAGAAUUACAGCUGGUAGAAGAUCCCCACUGGAAUUUCCAGGAGGAGACAUUGAAGGCCAAAUACAGAGGCAAAACGUACAGGGCUGUGGUCAAAAUCGUACGGACAUCUGACCAAGUUGCAAAUUUCUGCCGCCGAGUCUGUGCGAAGCUAGAGUGCUGUCCAAAUUUGUUUAGUCCUGUGCUGGUAUCUGAAAACUGCCCAGAGAACUGCUCCAUUCACACCAAAACCAAAUACACCUAUUACUAUGGAAAGAGAAAGAAGAUCUCCAAGCCCCCCAUCGGGGAAAGCAACCCCGACAGCGGACACCCCAAACCCGCCAGGCGGAGGAAGCGACGGAAAUCCAUUUUUGUGCAGAAGAAACGGAGGUCUUCUGCUGUGGACUUCACCGCGGGCUCGGGGGAGGAAAGUGAAGAGGAGGACGCCGAAGCCAUGGACGAUGACACCGCCAGUGAGGAGACAGGCUCCGAGCUCCGGGAUGACCAGACGGACACCUCGUCGGCGGAGGUGCCCUCGGCCCGGCCCCGGAGGGCCGUCACCCUGCGGAGCGGCUCAGAACCCGCACGCCGGCCGCCUGCAGAGAGGACACGAAGGGGCCGCAGGGCUCCAGCCGUCUCCUCAGCAGAGGAAGGGGAGAAGUGCCCACCGGCCAAGCCCGAGGGGACAGAGGACACGAAACAAGAGGAGGAGGAGAGGCUGGUUCUGGAGAGCAACCCGUUGGAGUGGACGGUCACCGACGUGGUGAGGUUCAUUAAGCUGACAGACUGUGCCCCCUUGGCCAAGAUAUUUCAGGAGCAGGACAUUGACGGCCAGGCACUCCUGCUUCUGACCCUUCCGACGGUGCAGGAGUGCAUGGAGCUGAAGCUGGGGCCCGCCAUCAAGUUAUGCCACCAGAUCGAGAGAGUCAAAGUGGCUUUCUACGCCCAGUACGCCAACUGACUCUCCCCAAGGGAGGUGGCCCGUGAUGUAGGAUGCAGUGUUGGUAAAGGUUUCCAGGACUGAAACUUUGAUUUUCCGGGAUAUGUUAAAUGGUACAGACACUAAGUAUCACCAGAAAACCAGAAGCCCAGGAUCUCCUGCCUCUGCUGGCGUGUGAGCUGUUUCCGUGUUUGCAAAGCACAGUGAAGCACAGCAGCAGUCGCUUCUGGGGAGUGCCAGUUAAAGUCACGCGUCAGACCCUGCCGGACGUGGGCCAACUUCUUGGUUCACCCACAUUUUGCCUUUCUCCCGCCCCAAACCAGGCAGCUCCCUUGGAGCAGGGUUUCCUAAAGUGAGGCCUGCAUUCUUUGUAAAAGAGGAAUGUCGCCAAGGAAGAAACCUCACCCCGUGCCGUCGUGUUUCCUGUAAUCACACGGGCACAUUUAUACACGCAGUUUCCUGUGGGUAGGCGUGUGACCCUCGUUGAAUGGCACCUGCAGUUUCACCUCGGUGGCAACUCCUUUCUGCAAUGCAGCUGGCAGCGACAUCCUUAUAAAAAGAUAUGCUAAAGCCCUGUCCUCCGUUCGAGGUGCCUUUUAGGAAUACGGGGAGUGAAGGAAGGCCGGCAGGCAUCUCCGUGCAACUGGAUGGUUGGUUGGUUGGUUUUGUUGUGUUUUUUGAGAGAGAAUCUCGCUCUGUCACCCAGGCUGGAAUGCAGUGGCGCGAUUUCAGCUCACUGCAACCUCUGUCUCCCGGGUUCAAGUGAGUCUCCUGCCUCAGCCUCCCAAGUAGCUGGGAUUACAGGUGCGUGCCACUAUGCCCAGCUAAUUUUUUGUAGAGAUGGGGUUUCACCAUGUUGGUCAGGCUGGUCUUGAACUCCCAACCUCAAGUGAUCUGCCCGCCUCGGCCUCCCAACAUGCUGGGAUUACAGGUGUGAGCCACCACGCCCCAGCCCAACUGGAUGGUUUUUGAUUGAAGCUUAGAACAUCUGUGGAGACACUCUACCCAGUCUUUUCUAGACCUCAACUAUCUCCAGUGUUGUAGUUUAAUUGUAGCUGGAUCAGGCAGUGAGUCUUUUAGGCAAAUGUUGGAUUCUAUAUCGAAGGAAAAGUUUAGUUUCAGAGAGCAGGAAGGGACAGAGAUGUGGGGGAAGCAUUUCAUGAACCAGCUACAUCUGCUUAGAAGGAUCACUGUGGCAGGUCACUGAGCAGGCGUCCCUCUGAGCGUCCCUUCUGUCUCGUUCUGUCCCAGCUGGCUGCAUAUGCCCCAGGGACAGUGCAGCAUGAGCCCUGAAUCUGGAGGCAGCCACUUGGCACCCUGGUUUUGCUGAGAACUAACUCUGAGAUCUUGGGUGACUUCUCAUCACUCUGGACCUCGGUUCCUGUGAAGCGACAGGUGUGGGCACUGAGGGUGCGGUGGUGGGCACGCUGUCUCCCGCUGGCGUUCAUCCCGCUCAUGCUGGAAAGAAAGAUCCAGAGCGGCCAAAAAUGAGAAAAAGAAAGAAAAAGAAGGGUCUGGUCCCAGUUCUGACCCUGCCAUUCCUGCAGCUCUUUCUGGCUUUGAGUUUGCUUGUGGAAUUUCUUGGGCAGUUGUGUUAAAUCCGCCAGGUCACGUACAGACAAAGCUGUGGCUACAAGAGUUGGCUGGCCUCUUGGACCAGAAGCCAUCUCCGUAUCCUCAUGAGCGACUCCGUAUCUCCACUCAGACCCAGUGGACUACAGUGUUCCUCUGUGGUGGCUGCCAAGAUGCCUUUUUAAACUUAUGCAAGGAAACCACACCCUCCCACAGUUCUUGAGCAGACACUGGAAGCAGAGGCUUCACACCCUUCCUGCUUUUUCACCAUAAUUACCUUGAGCUUGUCCCUUGGACUAGAGUCUCCACAGUUCCAGUAAAAUUCUGCGGUGGGCUGAUGAGCUGCUUGCGUUUCUGUGACAUUUCCAGAUAUGAUUCUCGGUGGGAUUUUGGAAACUGAUUGCUCAAGCUCACCCUUCUUAGCACUCUGUAAUGGUUACAGAGGAGAAGGGAAAACACAUAUUUUAUGGAUGAGGCGUUUUGUUCUCCCCUGCAGUCGCUUUCUAGAAUCAAGUUUUAGAGUUUGGCUGAUGCAUCUGCCUGGGGACCUCAGAUGGAAGGAUUGUGUCAUUUGUGCCCCGACAGAAAUGUCUCUGGGAUCUGUGGCUGGCUUGCCCUGGGCAUCUCUCCUUUAAGCUCAAGUUUUGACCUUUCCGCGGUUUUCCACCCCUGCCUUCUCAGCCACAUGCUUUUGGCCUUAAACGCUCAGUCUCGUGGAGUUAAACUCUGUCAAAUGAUUGGAAAGGGCAUCAUCCAUUUCCAGAUCUUUGGCAUUUUCCCCGUGCUGACUCCUUGAUGAUCCUUCACUGUGGCCUUUACAAGCUGAGCUGUUUCUGUUGUAUUUGAGACGAGGAUGAGGGAAUGUGGCGGCCGCAACAGAACAAGGACUUGCAGCACGAAUGUCACUUCUGUCUCCCUUUUCAGUGGUGGCAUGGAGGAGGAGGUGCUGCGUUGGAGGGAGGAGAUCCUCCAGGAGCUCUCUGGAGCCCAUCCAGGGAGCUGGAGUUUGUGGCCCGCCAGGAGCCCAGGAAGGAUACGGCCACUGUCGCAGGGGAAAGUGUUUGCUUCCCAUGAAGCCAAGUGCCCAGGACCCUCCGUAUCCUUCACCCUGACAGUUUAACUUCGGUGUUUCUCUGUGCAGUUGCGGUCACCAUGGGUGAGCACUCUGUGUGCAUGUGCCAGGGAGGAGACGACUGUGACCACUGCACAAGAGGGCACGGCCUGGCAUCACCAUGAAAGUUGUCUCUAUGCCAUCUCUCCGGUCCUUGAGGAGAGCCCAGAAAGAUUUUAGGACCAAGGAGGUGCUUUUCCUCCAGCUGUUGCCAGUGUCCUUCUGAGCUUGGAUUCUCCAGGGGUUUCCAUCGUGGCGGGUGGACGUCACAUCAGCAGCAAUUCUGGUACAGAAUUGUAAUGUGUUUUCAUUUCUCUGUAGGAUUCACCUCUCACCAGCGUCUGUCUUAAAGAUAGGGCCAAUUUCAUGGAGCAGUUUUCUGUGUGUGUCCUUUUGCUUUUGGCAGAAAAAGUGGAUUUGACAUGUGUGACCCGAUGCCACCAUAGCCCCUAGGCCAACAGUGUCAUGGUCUAAACACCAAGAAGUGAUGCCCUGCAUUCCUUCCCUUGAUGGUACCGUUUCUUCUCCAUCUCUCUCUCUCAUGAUCCUUUGGGACCAAAGUCCUCUCCUUAGUGCGCCCGUAUCCUGUGGGCAUCACGCCACUUGGAACUUCCUGGAACUGGCCCGGCGGACUCUGCAGUCUGCGCCGUUUGAAAACCCUGAGAAAGAGACGUCACCUCAACUUGAAUCACGACAGCCCAUUGCUCAGUCUCACCCUAAACUCACGGAGCUUGUUUCAGCUCCUCGCUUGACUGCAUUUGUAUUAUGUUGAAAAAAUAUCCUGUCCACAAUAACACCAACCUAACAACCUAGAAAAAGAACAGGGUACUACUGGCAUUACAGAACUUCUUUGCCUUUCAAAACAAAAGCAAAACACCGUGAACUUCACCACAGAGCUUCAUAGUGUGGGGGACUCAUCCAUCACUUUCAAAAUUAGAGUCAUUUGAUCCAAGUUUGGGUCAGACACAGUAUUUGAGCUGCACGGCUUCUGGGUUCUCCUACCUUAUUUGAUCAGAUUCAAAAGAUUAUUUCCUGUGUUUGUUUUGAUUUGUUCCUCAGUACGUUAAAAUGAUCCACGCCUUGAACACUGCCCCUGUGACCUUUACUGCCCCCUCUAGGAGGUUGAUUUUGAUCAGCCCUUUGAAGAUGGGUGUCGGAUUUAUGUCACAGAAUAUUGAGUGUUGUAUUCGGUAAGUUCUGAGAUUUGCCCUCUAUCUUAUGCCAAACACCCCUUUCUAAGAGCUGUCCCUGCUUAGUUUUAGAAGCACUAGGGGUUUUCAUACUUAUGUUAUAGAACACCCAUUUAUAUUUAUUUCUGUAUAUAGAACUAAAAAAAAAGCAGUAGUGUUAAAAAUCUUUGUUGUGGUUUGAGCAUCUUUGCUGCUUUUGGAUUAAGAUGGCGAAUCAAGGCUCCACUUCCUCUGUCUUCUGUCUUUAGAAAGCUGUGAUCACAUGUGCAAUUAUUUGAAAGGAAACAUAGUCAAUUAAGAAACCUGUAGUUUUAAGGAAGAAAUUGUUAGCGAGAUAUCCAUACUGCCCAUAUCUCAUUGGUGCAAUAAUUAAAUAGCAAAGGAAAUCUGUAUGGGCAACUAUUAUAAUUCAGUAAUUCUUUUGUUUAUUGCCCUUUUCUGUUUAAGAGUCUUUUGGAGAUUAGUCCCUUUCACGUGGUUGAAUUCUUAAGUUGACCAGUUCUUAUAGCUCUUAUCACUAGAAUGGUUUGCAGAUACCCCAAACAUACUAUGAUAAAAUCAAAUUGUGCUACUUUUGACCCAUGUAAUUUACCUGAAAGUUGUAAUUGCUGACAUAGAGUACUGCCUUGAAUUUUAGUUGAAAACCUCUCUAAUUUCAAUGAUAAAUAACAACUCAAACAAUUCCAUAUUGUUUGAGGAAGGGGCUGUAAUUCUUCUGUAUGGUUGGUACCAAGUAAUGGGAAUUUGGCCCGGUGAGUAUGAAGGUCAUGCUGCCUAACCAAGGCAGAGCAGUGCUUUUUGUGUGGCUGAAGAGAUGUGCUGACGAAAAAAGGAAACUUCUAGGACAAUCGUUGGCUAAAAAUCACCUUAGGAUGAAAAAUUUGAGGCAAAUUUUUUUAAAUGACAGAAAAAAUAAUCAUCUCACUUGCUCGAAACAGGAGCCAGCAUGAUCUCUGGAAACAUCAACUAUCCCUCGUGGUGAAUGUUGAAAGCCCUUUCACUGUUUUGCAUUCUAGUUUGAAUAGUUUGUAUUGAAAUUGGAUUCCUAUCUUGUGUAUGUUUCUGGUGCAUAAAAGGGAAAAAUUGGUGUCGUUACUUUUGAAAUUUGCAGGACGAAGGGCAUGCUUUUGGUUUGCUGUAAGAUUGUAUUCUGUAUAUAUGUUUUCAUGUAAAUAAAUGAAAAUCUAUAUCAGAGUUAUAUUUUAAUUUUUAUUCUAAAUGAAAAAAAAACCCUUUUUACUUGAAAAAUAAUUGUAAGCCACAUUGUUAAUAAAGCAAAAAUAAAUUCUA